UUUUUAUCGGACAAUUAAUGAAUUAAUAAUUGAAAUUUGUACACUAAAGAAUUUAGUUCAAAGAUAUGUUGCAGAACACUUCAAGGACUAUAAUAAGAAGGAUGAUGGUGUCUCCAUCAUCUCACUUGAUGCAGAAUAGUGUGCGUAAUCGAGUGAAUCUGCUUAGUAAUUUCAGUGUAUUUAACUCAACAAGGCACUACAGUGACAAAUCUACAGACGAUAUAAAAAAGAACAGAGUUCUCUCCCUUAAGGAUAAAAAAUUGCAGCUUCAUUUCCAUAUUGUCAAUGACCCUAGUCUAACCCCUAGGGAAAAGCACCUAAUGAUAUCAGCUCUCAUUGCCAAUGUCAAGUUCUGUGAUGAAGAGUUUGGGAAACUGAUCUAUGCUGACCCGUAUGGAAAAGAAGUUUUACAGUUUAUGAAAACAAGAAAACAAAUUCCUAUGUUUGGUAUUCCAGCCUCUUGUGUAAUGGCGUACUUUCUGCCAUACAGUAUUUAUGCCCAAGUAGCUUUAGCUGGGGUUUUGUCAGCCUUCUGUGUGUCAGAUUUCUAUAGAGUAAUGUCAGGCAUGAAGAAGAGGAUUUUCUUUAUUUACUAUGAACCACAGCAGAAAAUCUACACAGCGAUGACACUGGCAGGCCUUCAGGACUUCAUGCCAACUCAUUUCAGUGAAGAGGAAUUUCAACCUAAUAGGGAAGAAGGACCCCACAAAGUUCUAUUGCAUGGCAAGACAUUCUCUGCUUAUGAAGGGAGGGAUGCUUAUUUAAAUGACAGUUAUUAUGAAAUAUUGUGGAAAGAGAAAACUGUUGAAAAAAAUGUUAAAAAUGAAGAUAACAGUGAAACACAACAGAAAAUGUCAGCUAUUAAUUGAGGAAUAAAUUUUUUUUAUUUUUUUU